AUGGCGUUCGCAGGAACAACACAGAAAUGCAUGGCUUGUGACAAAACCGUUUAUCUCGUCGACAAGUUAACCGCAGAUAACCGGGUCUACCACAAAGCAUGUUUCCGUUGUCACCAUUGCAAAGGAACUCUCAAGCUUAGCAGCUACAACUCCUUUGAAGGAGUUCUCUAUUGCAGACCACAUUUCGAUCAGAACUUCAAGAGAACUGGAAGUCUUGAGAAAAGCUUUGAAGGUAAGGAACGUAUCAUACCUGCUGGUACCAAAGUGUCUAAUAUGUUUGGUGGAACACGAGAAAAAUGCGUUGGCUGUGACAAAACCGUUUAUCCAAUUGAGAAGGUGUCGGUGAAUGGGACAUUGUACCACAAGAGCUGCUUCAAGUGUACACAUGGAGGAUGCACGAUAAGUCCUUCGAAUUACAUUGCUCACGAGGGGAAACUUUAUUGCAAGCAUCAUCAUAUUCAGCUGAUCAAGGAAAAAGGAAAUUUGAGUCAGCUUGAAGGAGGAGAUAAUGCCACUAAGGACAGAGUUGAGGCUUCUUGA